CGCGGCGCUCAUUUGGGAGAAGGAUCGUGCAUGGGCUUCAUCGCAAUUCCCCCGAUCGCAAUUCCUUGGAACCAGGCACACGGAUUUGCGACUACCCAAUGCAAUGUUCUAGUGACUUCGACGAUGAUGAUUUCGUCGCGGUUACUUUGCCAUCCAAAACAGCGACGAAACCUCUUUCCCCCGUCGCGCGCAUCUUUUCUUCAUAGGUCGCAUCUCUCAUGACCUUGUAGAGUCCUACAUUUUCGAGAUGCGUGAGAUUGCAAUACGGAGCUGACGUGCAGGAGUGGUAGGUAGCGCAGGAGUGGUAGGUAGCUGGGACGGUAAACGCUUCGUGGAGAGACAACAAUUCGGGAAGAAGGUUGGGUUCGAAGUGGGAGGUUGUUGACGAGAGGGUGAUUGAUCGAUCCUCGGUGGAAUUGAGUCGUGAGAAUUCUGGAGGAGACGACACGGCUCAUGACUUCGACCGUUUUCUCAAGCUGGUGCACUCGCUGGGGCAGUUCUGCGUGCACCGAUUUGUCGGUUCUUUCUUCGAGGUUGGAUAUGAGCUGAGGACAGUGGUUAAGAGAGUCCAAUUUUUGCCGGCCUCCUUUUUUUUUACUUCUUGCGUAGUCUUUGGAUCGGUUGAGCGCAGAGAGUUAGUAAUCGAAGCCCUGAUGUGGGGCGCGGAAGAAAGCCCUGUCGCAUUUUAGUGUACAAUUCUCAAUUUAGCAUGAGAGAGAAAUUGCGAAGUGUGUACGACACUAUUGGGUGGUUGACACAAUUUUGUCCUCAGAGGAUUCUGGAUUGGCACAGGCAGCAGUCACGGUGAUAUGGUCUCGCUAGCUGAUGGGAAGAAACUGGAGUAAUGUACGCAAUAUCUUAGAUUUUGGGGAGACACUUGGUAAACCUUUUUGUUGCAAGACCAAGACUUACUGAAAGUUUCCAUUGAGGACCUUGUGAAGAUACUGUAGGAAGUUUUGAUAGGGGAAUCGGUAGAGGUUAUCAGCGCGUCAAAAUGAGCUUUGUAUUCAGAGGAGCCCGACCAGACUUGGAGGGUGGGCUGGCAGGGUUGAUGCCUGAUCGGCGCUAUGUGUCUGGACAUGGAUUUCAUGGAACUGUGCGUCAUGUGAAUACUAAUUCCAUGGCAUUCUUAAUUUCAGUGGCGUUAUUAUAUAUGAUCCUCAGUUCUGAACAAAUGUCCCUAAACCUAAUGAUUUGGGUGGGAAUGGGCGUACUUUUUCUGGCUUCUAGUUUACGUAUGUACUCUAUUUGUCACCAACUUCAAGCUCAGGCACAGGCAGCUGCAGCGGCGGCGACUGCGGGUGGAUUUCUAAGCCACGCAGAGCUCCGCCUACGUAUGCACCCCACUCUAUCUUUUGCCAUCAGAACCCAGCUCCACGGUUUUCGUUUGCAGCUUGCCCUACUUGACAGGGAAUUGGAUGACCUAGAUUACGAUGCUUUAAGGGCAUUGGAUGGAGUCAAUUCCCCUGGCGUUCCAGCGAUGAGCGAUACAGAUAUUAGCAGAUUACCGGUUCGUGUGUACAAACGCUCCUCACAGAUACCUGCAGCUGAUCAAUCACAACUCAGCAGCGAAGGAGAAGAGCUGUCCUCUGAGGAAGUCAAAGUCGACGUUGUCGAUGAAACUCCGGACAAGAUUGUCCAAGGCGAGCAGAAAACAUUGGAGGAGUUGACGUGCAGUGUUUGCUUGGAGCAAGUGGUGGAGGGUGAAAUAAUUCGAACUCUUCCAUGUGUACAUCAGUUUCAUGCUGCUUGCAUCGACCUGUGGUUAAGGCAACAAGCGACUUGCCCCGUGUGUAAAUUUAGGUUGGGUGGGCCAGAAACUUCCAUGGCGAGCAGCGCCGCCACGACUACUGCUUUCAUAGUGUAAGGUUGGUCAUUCGGUCUUUCGCUGGAGUUGGUAUCCUUGAUAUUUUUACAAGACCAAUGAUCCCAGACUUGAGUGUACACUUUGGGCUCAAUGAGCACCUAUGGAAGCAAUUUGCACGGUAGUUGGGUAGCGCAGAAUGAGCUGAGGGUCGGGAAGGCAGUAUUUCAGUCACAUUGUAUAGUAUGUAGCGCUGAGUUGUUAUACCAAUAUUCAUCUAAAAAUGGUUUUUUUAUAUAUUUAUACUGAGUUUAGGAACCGACAGUAGUCACAAUUGCAAGGCUCCAUGUUUCGAAGCAGGAAUUGGAAUUAAUGUAUACGCAUGCUAGUUCACAGUUGACAAUUCAAUUACGUGGUUACUCAUUGACACAUUCAA